AUGUAUCCAGCACCAGAAGCUGCGUUGGUUGGGACAUGUGUUGCGUAUGCCGAACCAUCGUUUGCCGAAGAGAGUGCUGUUUUCCAUGCCCACCUGGACACGUGUUUGCCUGCACCUUAUGUGAUACCUUCUAACCUGGUGACUUUUGACCCCUCCACACUCGACGACAUGGAUCCUCCCAUCGUUUCUGAUGGUUUUUCCGAGCUCAACAGGUCUCCAGUGGACGAUGAUAACAAACUGUGUUCAGUGGAGGCUGAAGCGGCCAUCAAAGAGGUGGCCUUUGGAGUGAAGCAGAUUGCCCGAGCUUCUGACUCCCUCCCGUACACCGAUUCGUUAGCCUACCUGAAUGUUACAACGCUGGAAGAUAAAAAAAUGUGCAUCGAAAUAAGCGCCAGGGGAUUUUGUCCUGUUGGCGAGGAGUAUGACAAGGUCAAGGACGACGCACAAGAGUCUGAGUACUAUGAAACCAUUUACGCUCUACUGUCCGCCCGAAGUACACUCUUUCAGUAUAACGGUUCUGUUCCCUUCUGUGAGUCUUUUUUCUCCGGCAUUAGGCGCUGGAGCGGGUCAGCACCAAAUACCACAGACUGA